AUGCCGCUUGACCAGAAUGAGGAUGCCCCUGCGGCCAAUGUGCCGCAAAACGACGCCGACAGCGCCGAACAGACCAUAGGCGAGAUGUUCAUGGAAGCCGUGACGGCCGUCGGGUCUACCAUGCGCACGAUGUUUGUGGAGGCCAAUCGCUACAUGAGAAACUGCGUGUACCCGGUCAAACAGCGAUGCGUACAGCUGUACGACGACAUGACGAACAAUUUCUCAGCGAAGGGAACUCGCAACUCCACCAGCGUGCCACGUGUAUCGCGCCAAUUAGUGCUUCUGCCUAGCUUAUAUCGCAAACCCACUGAACUGCGAUGUGAUAAGUUGCAUGUUCGGGCUUCGACGUAUUAA